AUGGCUAAUUAUUAUCGUAAACUGGAGGACAGUGGUGCAAAUUACGAAGAGGAAGAAGCACAGUUAUGGAGAGAACCGAUUUACUCCAGACAAAGGCAACGAUUCGAUGGACGUAAUCAUAAUAAUGACGCUAUUUCUUCACAUAUAAGGAGAAUGCCUGACGAAGUAUGGCUGAUCCCAGCUAACAUUGAUGCAAAGAAAAUUCUUGGUGAGAAAAAGGCCAACCUGCAACGUAUAGAAGCGUCAACUAACACACACAUGAAUUAUAACGAGAAUGAUGCGCAAAUCGAAAUGUGGGGAAACCGAGAUGAACUCAAUGAAGCAUUAAAACAAUGGAACACUCUCGCUCAGAAUAUUCUGGAUGAGGAAUUAAGAAGAACUAGAGAAGCUAAAAAAAAUAGAGAAGAAAGGAACAAGAGUGCUUGGGCAAAACCAGAAAAAGAACUUACAGAAAAGCAGCGAAGAAAGCAAAAACGAAGGCAAGAGAGGGCUGAAAAGGAAAAAGAAAUGGCUGGUCCCAAUUAUGAUAAUAAUAAGUUGCCAUACAAAGCACAUUUUGUGUUACCUACUAAUAAUGAAAUUCCUAUUGAUCAAAUUCUUGGGAAACAAGAAGACGUACUGAAUUCCAUUCGAAUGGAUACUAAUUGCCACAUUGGUUAUGAUCCAAUCCUUAAGUUGGUUAAAAUUGCUGGAAACGAAAGUAAUUUGGUAGAAGAGGCCACUAUGCGUGUCAAAGUUCUUUAUUUAAAAUCUGUCGCGAGUCGGAGUAUUCCAAUAAACUUGAAUGAUAAGUCUAAACGCAAUGGAUGGGUGCAUCAUAUGAUUGAUAUACCUGAUAUACCUCAGCAACCAUAUCGUGUUAGAAUUGCAAACAUACCUAAUUGGUAUAUGCUUCCUCACGAUGCAGAAACGCAAACUGCCAUUAAAAUUUUUGAACCUGUUAAAGAUGGGGAUCCAGCUAUUCUUGGAAAGGAAAAUGACUCAAAAGAAUCUCCAGUGGAUUUAGAAACAUUACAAAGAAUCCAAUUAGAGAAUGUUGAAGGAAUUAAGAAUGCUCUUUUACAAGCAUUAGGUGCGAUCCACUUGCUAGACGAAGAAAUCAAAAUGCGCAUCAGUAUUGCUACCAAUAAUGAGCAACUCAAAGGACUCUUUGAAGUUGUUUCUCAAGGAGAUCAACAAUGGGAAGGAUCUCCUUUCCGUGAAUACAAAAUUCGUGCAUUCCGUCGUCCCAAAUCUCGUGGGGAGUCAAAAUUAGAUUGUGUAUUUGACGUUAAAUUCAAAAAUGAUAACAAAAUCGGAUUAUGGAACGCGACUAUGAAUGAAAGAAAUGUAUUGAACAUUAAUAUGGCGUGUCUGGACUACGAUUAUUCGUGGAACUUUUCUAUUCGUACGGCAAAAAGAUUAAGCAAUGAUAAAUUUAGCCCUCAAGGAGAUUUUGUUUAUAAAUUGCGAUUAAGCCAAAACAAUAAAUUGAUUUACACCAAUACCGAAGAUAUUGUAGUUACUUCCGUCUGUGAAAAGCUUAAAUGGAAAUUUUGGUGGGGGGAAAAUUAUGUAGUUGAGAUUACAAGAUACGAACAUUGGAAUUGUGAUAGCAAAUUUCAAUCCAUAUCUCCUGGAGUUGAGAUUGUUUUGGGCCGCGAACCUUCGGAAAAAACGUUCUUCGGCGUUACGUUUUACAAAGAUAGUUGGGAGAGGGAUUUCGCAGAAAAUUGUAAUUUAUCGUCAGGGCGUGUACCAGAGUGGCAUCCUAUUGACUUUGUUGAAGAGGAAAAGUCCGGAGGUGUUGAUCAUUUGUUGAAUGAGAUUCGAAAUUUCUUAGACGUCUUGCAUAACAAUGUUGCUAAGGAGCAACGGAAUUAG